AUGGGGUGCGCGCCCAUGGGCCAUAUCCUCUACGACGAGGUCAUGCGCUACAACCCCAAGAACCCCUACUGGUUCAACCGCGACCGCUUCGUCCUCUCCGCCGGCCACGGCUGCAUGCUCCAGUACGCCCUCCUCCACCUCGCCGGCUACGACGCCGUCAAGGAAGAGGACCUGAAGCAGUUCAGGCAGUGGGGAAGCUCCACCCCGGGCCACCCCGAGAACUUCGAGACUCCUGGAGUUGAAGUCACCACUGGUCCUCUUGGUCAGGGUAUCGCGAAUGCCGUCGGGUUGGCGCUUGCUGAGAAGCACCUGGCCGCUCGUUUCAACAAGCCUGACAGUGAAAUCGUUGACCACUACACGUACUGUAUUGUGGGAGAUGGGUGCAACAUGGAGGGUAUCUUGACUGAAGCUUGCUCCUUGGCUGGGCAUUGGGGUCUUGGCAAGCUAAUUGUUUUCUAUGAUGACAACCACAUCUCCAUUGACGGAGACACAGAGAUUGCUUUUACAGAGGAUGUGAGUGGCCGCUUUGAGGCUCUUGGGUGGCACACACUCUGGGUUAAGAAUGGCAACGAUGGUUAUGACGAGAUCCGUAAAGCCAUCCAGGAAGCAAAAUCAGUUACCGACAAGCCCACAAUGAUCAAGGUGACUACCACAAUCGGUUUUGGAUCUCCCAACAAGGCCAACUCAUACGCUGUGCACGGAGCUGCAUUGGGCACCAGCGAGGUCGAAGCGACCAGGGCAAACCUUGGAUGGCCAUAUGAGCCAUUCUUUGUGCCUGAGGAUGUCAAGAGCCACUGGAGCCGCCAUAUUCCCCAAGGUGCCGCUCUUGAGGCUGACUGGGAUGCUAAGUUUGCACAGUACGAGCAGAAGUACCCAGAAGAUGCCGCCACCUUGAAAAGUAUCAUUACAGGAGAGUUGCCCGCUGGCUGGGCCGAUGCUCUUCCUCAAUACACAACCGAGAGCCCUGCAGAUGCCACCAGGAAUCUCUCCCAGCAAUGCUUGAAUGCACUUGCUAAAGUUGUGCCUGGUCUUAUUGGAGGUAGUGCUGAUCUUGCAUCCUCCAACAUGACAUUGCUUAAGAUGUUUGGCGACUUCCAGAAGGAUACCCCUGAGGAGCGCAAUGUCCGCUUUGGAGUCAGGGAGCACGGAAUGGGCGCCAUUUGCAACGGCAUUGCGCUGCACACCCCAGGGCUCAUUCCAUACUGUGCAACUUUCUUUGUUUUCACCGACUACAUGAGAGGUGCCAUGAGGAUCUCAGCCUUGUCUGAAGCUGGAGUUAUCUAUGUCAUGCUGAUGUUCCGUCCUGCUGAUGGCAAGGAGACUGCCGGGGCAUACAAGGUGGCUGUCCUCAACAGGAAGAGGCCAUCUAUUCUGGCUCUCUCCAGGCAAAAGCUUCCUCAUCUGCCUGGUACCUCAAUUGAGGGCGUUGCGAAGGGUGGAUACACUAUCUCUGACAACUCGACCGACAACAAGCCUGACUUCAUCAUAAUGAGCACUGGUUCUGAGGUAGAGAUUGCUGUGAAGGCUGCCGAAGAGUUGACGAAGGAGGGGAAGACUGUCCGCGUUGUGUCAUUUGUCUGCUGGGAGCUUUUCGACGAGCAGUCAGAUGAAUACAAGGAGAGCGUGCUCCCUGAGGCUGUCACCGCAAGGAUCAGCAUUGAGGCUGGCUCUACCCUCGGAUGGCAAAAGUACGUUGGAUCCAAGGGCAAGACCAUCGGCAUCGACAAGUUCGGCGCCAGCGCUCCUGCCCCGAAGAUCUACAAGGAGUACGGCAUCACCGCGGAGAGCGUCAUUGCCGCAGCCAAGAGCCUGUAA